AUGAACCCCGAUGCGAGUUUGAUUACUGCGCUCGUAGAGCGGUGGCGACCCGAGACGUCGACCUUCCAUCUACCGUGUGGUGAGAUCACGAUCACGUUAGAGGACGUUGUUACACUGUCCGGUUUGGCGAUCGACGGUGAUGCCGUCGUAGUUGAUAUACCGGAUGAGGAGUGGUCGGCGAUCUGUUUGAGACUGUUAGGACGGGUUCCGGUUGAUCUUGUAGGCGGGGUCGCUGUUGUUAGGAUUGUUUGGCUGAGGGUUGAAUUCAGUCAUCUGCCGGAAGAUGCAUCACAGGAGGUUAUAGAGCAGUUUGCACGAGCUUAUGCUCUAUCUCUGAUUGGAGGUGUACUUUUCCCGGAUCGGUCUGGAUCUACGGUGCACCUAUAG